ACAAACACACAAGUAGCCAAUAAUACACCGCCAUGGCCAUAUCUGCAAAACUGUACCUAACCGUGUUGGUCCUCCUCUUCGUCGCCGGAGGAAGUGUGGAGGCGCAGGUCACGUGCGACACCGUGAACUCCGACCUGGGCCCAUGCGUCCCCUACGUCAUCGCCGGCAUCGGCAAUGGGCCGUCGUCCGACUGCUGCGACGGCCUGAAUUCGCUGCUCAGCGCCGCCGCGACCCAGCCAGAUCGCCAGACCGCCUGCUCCUGUUUGAAGUCCCUUGCCACCUUCAUCAGCGACGAGCAACUCGCCCGCGCCGCCAGCAUUCCCGACCAGUGCGGCGCCAACAUUCCGUUCACCAUCAGCCGUGAUGUGGAUUGUUCCGCUGUCCCGCGAUUAUUUCACUGAACUGCACACCCUCGAGUCGUGACGAUAAACUUUCCUCGUCACUAAAAGACAUGUUACAUGUCCUUAUGAAUAUACGAUAAAAAUAUAAUUCUCCUGAUGUAACAAUAAAAGUAGAACAAAAAUAAGACAUGUGUUGCUAACAUGUCACUCCACUUGGCUUGAGGUACAAGGCAUUUGAUUAUCCUCGAUCUUAUGGAGUUACAUAUAUAGUAUUUUAUCCGAUCCCUCAUCUACAGACCAGAGGUCGGGUUCUUUCAAUUUGAGGUUUCUUUUCUA